ACUAAAUUUAUUUCAUGUACUACUGUAUUAAUUCCACACUUGGCCUUCCUCUUCUGAUUCACCUCGACCUGUAUCAUCUUCGUACGUGAUGGAGAAAACUUACUCACUUGUUUGUGUUAGAGUUAUAUUAAUGUUGGUGCACUACUACCCUCUCAUGGCUUUUAGUACUAGUGCACCAAACAUCACCACUGAUGAAUCAGCUCUUCUUGCCCUCAAAUCCCAUAUCACUAGACACCACCCUCACAACAUUUUGACAAAAAACUGGACCACCUCAUCAACCUCCUCCCCUUGCGACUGGAUUGGUGUCCGUUGCAGCACUCGCCACCACAGAGUUGCAGCCUUAAACCUUUCUUACAUGGGCCUAACAGGCACCAUCCCUCCACACAUAGGAAACCUCUCCUUUCUAACCUUACUCAACAUUAGAAACAAUAGUUUCUAUGGUGGUAUCCCUAAAGAGAUAGGUCAUUUGCGUAGACUAGAAUCCAUCGAUUUCUAUUCCAACGACUUUGCUGGAAACUUUCCUAAAGAAAUCGGCAACCUUGCUAAUCUGAAAUAUUUGAACAUGGGACAGAACUCGCUUUUGACAGGCUCCAUACUUGCCACCAUCUUUAACAUCUCCUCACUGGUAAUUAUUGGUUUAGAGCAUAAUAGCCUGUCAGGCGAUCUUCCGGUAGAUAUGUGCUACCGUCUUCCAAAACUCUACUUGCUUGGUCUGUCCUAUAACCAGUUCACUGGCCAAAUUCCUUCCACUCUACAUGAAUGCUCCCAACUUCAAAUAUUGAAAUUGGCAUAUAACAAAUUCAGUGGAGCAAUACCAAGGGAGAUCGGGAACUUAACCAUCCUGGAAGAGUUAUAUCUUGGCGUAAACAACUUGGAAGGAAACAUUCCUAAAGAAAUUGGCAAGCUUGCUAAUCUGAAGGUUUUGGACAUGGCGUGGAACCAACUUUCGGGCUCCAUACCCACCUCCAUCUUCAACAUCUCAUCGCUGGAACGUAUUGCACUUGACAAUAAUAGCCUAUCGGGUAAUCUUCCAGUGGAUAUGUGCUACCGUCUUCCAAAACUCCACGACUUUUAUUUGUCCAAUAACCAGUUCAAUGGCCAAAUUCCUUCCACUUUAUAUGAAUGCUCGGAACUUCAAAACUUGGGAUUGUCAUCUAACAAAUUCAGUGGAGCAAUACCAAGAGAGAUUGGGAACUUAACUUUCCUGAAAGACUUAAAUCUUCUCAGAAACAACUUGGAAGGUGAAAUACCACAAGAAAUUGGAAAACUUUGGAAUCGGGAGUCUUUAGAUUUAAGUUUGAAUAACUUAAAAGGAGGACCGAUUCUGGAAACAAUUUUCAACAUGUCGAAACUACGACUCAUUGCAUUUGUGCAAAAUAAUCUCUCUGGCAAACUUCCGUCAAAUAUUAAUUUACCCAAUCUUGAACAAUUAUUCCUUGACCUAAAUAACCUCAAUGGAAUUAUCCCCCAGUCCAUCUCUAAUCUGUCCAGACUCAUUAUGUUGGAUCUUUCCGAUAACAAUUUCGGCCAUUCACUUCCCAACUCACUCGGUAAAUUGGAACUCCUCGAACUUCUAAACCUCUCAGGGAACAAUUUCACCAGCGAAUCUCCAGAAUUGAGCUUUAUUACUGCCUUGACGAAUUGCCGACGUUUAAAAAAAUUGUGGAUAAAAGAAAAUCCUCUUAAUGGAAUCCUUCCGGUUUCCGUUGGGAAUUUGUCUACUUCGCUUCAAAGUAUCUAUGCGAGUUAUUGUGAAAUUAAGGGCAGAAUUCCCAACCAUAUUGGUAACUUGAGCAAUUUGGCUUUCCUCCAUCUACAAGCUAAUGGCUUCACAGGAUUUAUUCCAACCACAAUGAACAAGUUAUCAAGGCUACAAAUUUUAGAUCUUGCAAUUAACAGGAUACAAGGGCCCAUUCCAAAUGAUCUCUGCCUCUUACACAACUUGGGAUCAUUAGAUCUGGGUGUAAAUGACCUUUUUGGUCCAAUUCCAGCUUGUCUAGGGAAUGUUACAUCUUUAAGAGAACUUUUUCUGGAUUCAAACAGAUUAACCUCAAAAAUACCCACAAAUUUGUUCAGCCUUAAAGAUAUUUUGUAUUUGAACUUGUCCUCAAAUUCUUUAAAUGGCUCAAUUCCCUCGGAGAUUGGAACUUUAAAGGCUGCAAUACUUAUAGGUCUAUCAUUGAAUAGCUUUUCAGGUGAUAUCCCUAGCACAAUUGGAGGUCUGCAAACCUUGAUCUAUCUUUUUUUGGCACAUAAUAGACUACAAGGACAUAUUCCUAUGUCCUUUGGCAACUUGAUCAACUUGGAAAAGUUGGAUUUAUCUUACAACAAUCUCUCAGGUGAAAUUCCAAAGUCAAUGGAGUCACUCUUGUUUCUUAAGUAUUUCAAUGCAUCUUUCAAUAGGCUAAGAGGAGAAAUUCCCACCAAAGGACCAUUUGUAAACUUCACAAGUCAAUCCUUCGUGUCGAAUGAAGCACUAUGUGGUGUCCCAAAGUUUCAAGUCCCACCAUGCCUUUCAAGCUCUCUUCAGAGAACAAGGACAAAACGAGUGCUUCUAGUUAUAUACAUUGUGUUACCAAUUGCUUUGAUUACUUUGAUCUUCUCCUUUGUACUUAUAAGAAGCCAAAAAAGAAACAGAACUCCAACUCAAAUGGAAUUGUUACCCCCGUCUGCAAAUGGAAGAAUUACAUAUCAAGAACUUCUGCGUGUUACAGAUGGUUUCAGUGAUUGCAACUUGCUUGGAACGGGAAGUUUUGGUUCUGUUUACAGAGCAACAUUUGCGGAUGGGACUAUAUUGGCAAUCAAGGUGUUCAAUUUGCAACUAGAAGGUGCACCCAUGAGUUUUGACACGGAAUGUGAAAUGUUGCGCAACAUUCGUCAUAGAAAUCUCACUAAAGUUAUCAGCAGUUGCUAUAACUUGGAUUUCAAAGCCUUGGUACUCCAAUACAUGCCUAACGGGAGUCUCGAAAAGUGGUUGUAUUCUCAAAGGUACUUUUUAGAUAUCUUGCAGAGAUUAAACAUAAUGAUAGAUGUGGCUUGUGCAUUGGAAUAUCUUCACCACGGUUAUUCAAUAUCGUUGGUUCAUUGUGAUUUGAAGCCCAACAAUGUCCUGCUUGAUGAAGAUAUGGUUGCACAUGUAUGUGAUUUUGGCAUUUCAAAGUUCUUGGGUAAGGGGGAUAGUAUUGUGCACACAAAGACUCUAGCUACAUUGGGAUAUAUUGCACCAGAGUACGGAUUAGAAGGAUUAAUAUCCACAAAAUGCGAUGUUUACAGUUAUGGAAUUAUGUUAAUGGAAACAUUCACAAGAACUAAGCCCACUGAUGAUAUGUUUGCUGGAGAUUUGAACUUGAAGCUAUGGGUGAGUGAGUCGCUACCUAAUGCGAUAACUCAGGUUAUAGAUGCCAACUUGAUCACACCAGAGGAAGGACAAGUCAGUGCAAAGGUGCAGUGUGUAUCAUCCAUCAUGCAAUUGGCUCUUAAUUGCUGUGCAGAAUCACCACAAGAGAGGAUGAACAUGGAAGAAGCUCUGUCUACACUAAAGAAGAUCAAACAUAAGUUUCUUGCAAGUUGAGAAAGGCAAGAAAUAAGAAGAUUGCAUUGAUUUGAGAGAUGGAACUAUUUGUAGCUUCACGAUAUCGAAACUAUUUCUCAAAGUAAGUAUGUUCUGUCACCGGUUGAAGCACAUACAUGUCGGGUCAUUUCGAUAGAAAAAAUAUUAUAUAUAUAUAUAUAUAUAUAUGACUUUGUCUGUCAGACAGUUUGGCUUGAGUGUCCUAGAGAUUUUAUGGUCAUGUACUACUUCAGCUUUGUAAUACCCUGUUUUUUUAUAGCUAGCUGUGUGCUGCAUGUAUGAUUUCAUGGUAUAUCUACAUAAUGAUUUUUGGUUAA